UGCCCCCCAAACAUUUCGCGCUCAUUCAUUGCAACCGAGUCUCCAACGAUUAUCACAGUUUAUUUCAUCGUAUUUUGCAAUUAUUUAGCGUUAUAUUAGCUAAAAUCAGUGCGUUUUAUACACUUUGACUAUCUGUGUGCUUAAUCGUAUAAAAAGUGAUUUGUGGUUUGUGUUAUUCAGUGUAUUCUGGAAACAAAUGCAAUCUCUAUGCUUUGCCAACUGCUUAACCUGAUCAACACUAAACUGAAAUACGCAUUAUAACAAUCACUCAAAAUCUAUUUUGUAUUCUAAAUUAUUAAUAACGAAAAACAAAUAAAAAUGCAAGCACAAACACGUCUCUCAUUCAAUACAUCGUUGAAGAACGCACGCAUCUUUGAUGAGAAUUCCGACGAUGAGAACGAACCAUUAACAUUCGACAAACUAAUCCAAGAAAGUAAAGCACGAAAGUCUAAAACUGAGACUCCCACAGCGAAAAUUAAACAAGAAUCAAGUGAAGAAUCUCCGAAAGGUGUCAAGUUUGAUCUGUCCAAUGUCAAAUCAGAGAAAGAUGAUGAUAAUUUAUGCAUAUCAUCAGCAGUGUCUGAACUGCAACUGCUCACACCAGUCAAAAACGAAGACGAUGAUAAAUCCAAGGUGAAUCUCAAAAGUGCCAAGAGAUCAUUGCUGAAACAGCGAAAUUCGCCAUAUGCCAAAGAAGCGACGCCAACGUAUGCAACCCGUUCGACAAAACCGAUGCAAACCGAAGGAAAUCUCUACGAGCAGUUGGAAAACGCCAAGAAAAACUUGAAUGGUGGAAAUAAACGGAGUGUUGAGACUGAUCCCGAAGUGUUAAAACGGAGGCAGAAACAGAUUGACUUUGGAAAGAACACGAUCGGUUAUGAUAAUUAUAUCAAAACUGUACCAAGACAUGAAAGAAAACCUGAUGAUCCAAUGACGCCAAACAAACGCCGCAUCUACUCCCGCCGCGGUUUUGACGGUUUAAUCAAACAAUGGCGACUAAAGUUGCAUAAAUACGACCCUUCCGAGUAAAAAACCAAACAAUUCUUCACAGUAGGCUAUUUUUGUACAUAUAUUAUUCAAUACUUGUUCAAUUGCAGCACGGAAACGCUCAAACAAUGCGGAAAUGUCAUUUUCUUCUGAUGUUUUACAAAAAAUGACAUUUUUGCAAUUUGUUUCCCGUGCUUCAAUUCAAAACAUUCUUUUAUUUAUCUAACCUCCAACUUAUUUUUACAAAGUUGUAACUUUUAAUAUUUAGCCGUAAAUAAUGUUCAAAUUUAACAUAGUGAUUAAAGUUAAGAAAUAAUUUUAA